AUGAAAAUAGGUUCUUCCGCUAUUUGGAUCAAGGCAGUUACCUUAAUUGGAAUUCUACUUAUGAGCAUCUGCAGGGCAGACAUGACAUUGGAUGAAGUGGAGGCCACUCUGCAGUUUAAAAUUGAAACUGAUGCAUUGUCAGUGACAAUAAACCCGGAUGGUCCUCUUAACUUCCUCCGGGGGUACAUAUACCAGAAAAUGGAGUGCAUGUACAACAAAAGAUUCUUUGCACCAGAAAUCAAUACAAAGUACAGUUUAGAGGAAGAUCCAAAAUAUUU